AUGAUGCCAGCUUACAGCCGUCCCAUUCCCGUCCGUUCUGCCGAUGAUAUUUGGCAUCGACACGAGGCUCAGAUCAAAGACCUGUAUCAGAACCAAGGGAAGAAAUUGAAAGAGGUGAAGCAUCUGAUGGAGGAGAAGGGAUUUCCAAAGAAACCUAUCCCCGAGCCCGCUCCCGCCUGGAAUUACAAUACGAACCCCAUCGCCAGGAACAUCUCCUUCACCAACAAUACCGCCAGCAGCUCAGCUAGUAGCGUCAGAUGUGUUGACACACUGCAGCUCUACAAUAGCACUCACACGUGUACCGAUGCAGAAUUCUGUAGUUGCACCGGCUUGGCAAAUGCAGAACCUCACGAUGUACUCUUUGUCCUGUCUCUUACAAGAAUGCGCCACAACUAUUCCAUGGCUAGAAUUUUGCCAGUCGAUGCAACCGAAAUUACUGCUUCGGAAACCCGCUUGGACUUGCUUCCAAGAGAUCGACCCAUCCCACCGCGCCCCUCACCCGACCUUGGCUACAGAGUUGCAAUGUCUGGAGGCCACAUUCAGCUCAGUGAAUUCAUUUCGACGGCUAUAUUCCUAUUAUCGAAUGAUCUCUACGACCUCAGGGAUAGCGACCAAGGAUUGGAGCUCCUAUGCUCACUUUUGGACCGUGAUCCUUCCUUGACUACCGCAUUACUACGCAAUCGCGUGCCAAGUCCCACAAUAGCAUAUGUGACACCCGUGGAGCCGGUAGAAAUGCGGUCGACAUUCAAGCGGGGAUAUCUCAAGCGGUCGAUGUUCCUAGCACUCGUUCACGAUUUCAACAGCAGCAAGAAUGAAGACGUGCUAGCACUGGAGUUGUUCUUGACCAACGGUGCAAACGUUGACGAGUAUACUCGCGGGAGUGACGUAACAGUACUUUGGAGAUCGCUGGUCGGCCGACACGAAAUUUCUGACGCUACACGACCGACUGUUCUGGACGAAGCGUUCUAUGUCAAUCGCCCUUUGUUCGAAAAGCUAGUCCCCUUUAGCAAAGUACCGGUUUCAAGGAUAACAAGAACCGGUCUCCUCAUCGCUCUAGAGGACGGCACACAAACCCUGCGGGACUAUCUUUUGGCUCGACAGUCUACGACGCCCUCAUUCAACUGGCGAAAUAUACAAUCACUAUUGGAAUUGGUAUUGGCUGAACAGUUCAUGGUACCGCAAAGACUCGAUUUGAGGGUUGUACAAGGCCUUAUUCAGUAUGGCGUCGACAUUGAGAUGCCUUCGAUUCGACUCGGUCUCGAAAGGUAUUUGUACGAAUACAAUCUUGAUCCAGCUUGGCAUCAAUUUAGUAAUGACAAUGAGAGGAUUGAGCUGUUGGACAUGCUUCUGACACGAGGGGGUAUCGUAGGAGAACGAGUUCUCGAAGAAGCUGUUGCACAGUACGGGAUCCGCGGCUUGGAAUCUGUGGUAUCGCGUCGUACGGACUUUGGGACCAAAGCCGUCCCAGCGUUAGCAAGAGCGGCGGGGUUGAACAAUUUUGAGGCCGUCGAGUUCUUCUUCCAAAAUGGCGUCGAUCCGCACGCAUUCAUCACUGUGCAUGACCGGAGCUACAGUAUCCAGGCUGUCGCAACUCGAUGGACGGACUGCGGGUGCAGCCUCGAGAUGAUGCAAUUUUUGGCUAGACAUGGUGCAAGGCUAGUCGUCACCCCUGAAGAUUCAACGCCCUUUGACUUCGCAAGGCUUCUGCUUCGACAAUUUGACUCCGACACGUUGGCCAAAAUUAAAUACGUUGUCAGCACAUUGAUGGAAGAGAAGAGCACGUGCUCUCUCCCAGCAUAUCUAUUGGAAUCAUGCUUCAGAGGACGGAACGACCGUGAACAUUCGGAGGAGAGACUGGAAAUAUUCGAAUACCUUUUCAGACAAGGGGCAGAGGUGAGCCCAGGCUCCCCUCUUGCAGGCCUUGCCGCAGCAGGUGGGCGGGGAAAACUCGUGCGAGAAGUAAUGUCUUCGGGAUCCGACUUGAACGCGUAUUGGGUUAAUGAUUAUUGGGCCGGAUAUACACCUCUUCAAGCGGCGGCAGACAACGGGGAUGAAACACUGGUCUGCCUGUUUCUAAGGGAAGGAGCCGACGUCAACAGCCCCGCACGCGGCAAGUGUGGUUUUACGGCGCUGCAAGGUAUCUGUUCUUGGAGUCCAGCCACCGAGGAGGAGCAUCAACGCAAGAUGAGGAUCUGCCGUCUCCUGAUCGACCAGGGCGCAGAUGUCAAUGCCGCACCUGCUAGAGGCGGAGACACAGCUUUAUCGUACGCAGCACUUAGGGGAGAUCUGGAGGUCGCUGCGCUUUUACUCCGAGAGGGCGCUGACGUCAACGCACCACCAUCCAAGCACCGCGGAAAGUCAGCUUUAGACGGGGCUGCCCAAUUCGGACGGUUGGACAUGGUCAAGUUCCUACUAAACGCCAAUGCUUUGAGUGAUGAACGUGGUGCAACUGGAUAUGAUGGCGCCAUUUCGGAGGCUGAAGGAUUUGGUCAUUCAGCCGUCGCAGAUUUGAUUCGCAAUCAUGCGGCAAAAGUCGAGGCAGGAACUCUGUUCAACCCUGAACUUGAGAAAUUGCAAAAGGACUACCGCAUUUAUGGAUUUCGCACGGACGAUGAAUCCUCCUCAGAUGAUGACUACGAGUCUUUUUUAGGUCAUGACUACGAGUCUUCGGAGGGUGACGGUGAAGACAUGGACGCAAAUGGUGGGACAUUUGGACCAACAAACGCAGAGUCAAGCUACAGGGAGACAGCGCAGACGGAGCCGGACGAGCAAGUCGUUGCAGAAAGUCGCGCCUUGAGCUACUCAGACCCGGGGUUUGUUCCAUCUGGGGAGAAUUGGCCAACAGAUAUGUGGGACGAGCACACACAACCUACCGAACUUCAGGUCCCAACUGGAACAUGGACGGGACAAGUCGCUGCAAAUACUACAGCAUGCGACAGUAAGCCUUACGCAAUAGCAUUGUGCACAAGUAUGGCAUCAGACUUUGUUCUGACCUCGGAUUCUUCUAGGAUCACUUCCAGAACGGGAACUGCGGAACUCGACUCGGGGCUGUCGGGUCGGGACAUUUCACACCGCAACGUCGCGCUGAACUGGAUGCAAGGCGCUGUUUGCCAACGAGAAUUCACUUUGGACAUCUGUAUUGGAGGCAUUAAACGUGGGAACCCACGUCUAGCAGGCUCAAGUGAUGCCUUUCCCUGGGCAGGAUUCAUCGUCGUCAACCUACGAAGCCCAACACAAACCCUCACAAUGCAUUCGGGCAAGGUGAUCGCAAUUUUCUGUGCAGCUGCAGCGCACGUUGCAGUCGCCGCAAAUUCAUGGAUUGCCCCAGGGGCAGUCUGGUAUGACACGGCCGGCAACAAGAUCGACGCUCAUGGCGGUAACAUCGUGAAGAGGGGUGAUACAUUCUACUGGGUCGGCCAGAGCGCAGCCAGCUCUGAGACGCCCUUGAUGUACUCAUCCAAGGACCUGCUCAACUGGGACAACCUGGGCAAGCAGGCGUCAUCCAUCACAGGCAUGUGGCGGCCCAAGAUUGCCAAGCCAAAUGGAUCGUUCUGGCUGUACGGGCAGCAAGACCGUUACGCGCUGUCACUACGGUCCACGCAGAUGGUCGGAGGCUACACGCAGGUGGCCAAGGUUCACCUCCCGCCGAGCGACUACAGCUAUUCCGACACGGGCAUGUUCCUGGACGACGACGGGACGUGGUACCUACUCACGAGCGCAGACCACAACAUCGUGCAGAUAAACCGGAUCAACUCGGACGGGGCCGUCGGCGACCGGGUCACCUCCUUCGCCAAGGGCGCAUACGAGGCCCCGGGGCUGUUCAAGGUCAGCGGCGUGUACUACCUGAUCGUCUCCGGCAAGACGGGCUGGCGGGCGAACCCGAACAAGGUCUUCUGGGCGACGUCGCUGGGCGGCACGUGGAGCGGCGGCACAGACGUGGCGCCCGCGGCCGAGAACACGUACGGCUCGCAAAACACGUUUGAGCUCACCAUCAAGGGGUCGUCAGCCACGACCUACGUCUACAUGGGCGACGCGUGGGACUCAAGCGGGGGCACGAGCUCCAACUAUAUCUGGCUGCCCAUGGCUGUGGACACUAGUGCCCAUACCGUCACGUUGCAGUACCACUCCAUGUGGAAGGUGGACGUGAAUACCGGCGUCGUCUCUUAUCCCAGCACCAAGAAGCGAUAUGAGGCGGAGGAGGCCGAUUUGUCUGGCAGGGCUGCCGUUGCCUCUUGCGAGCAUUGCAUCACCAAGCGACAAGUAAACAAAGUCUCGCCUGGCAGUGAGGUUGUAUUCAACAAUGUCACCGGCACGGACUCUCUGGAAUGGUACACCUUCCACUACGAAGUCAGCGACCCUGAAGCGGGCGAGGCCCAAAUCUUCGUUAACGAUGAGAUCCACCCGACGAACCUGUCAGACCUCAACUCCCGCGCCGGGAGACAUCGCGCGGUUCCUGUCCAGCUCAAACUACGAGAGGGUGACACGAACACGAUCCGAUUUGGAGCCAUUGGAGACAAGAGUUUCGAAGUUAGUGUCGAUGGCAUCGAGCUCCAUGACGAUUGA